GCGCAUUAUCUGUCUCUUGCCAUCGUUGCAACAUAUUUGACCACUAGGCAUAUUUAGCACUAAUGUGAGAACUAGGACAUUAAUACGACACAACCACGCUAAUUUUCCAUUUGGUGUUCAGGAAACAGGCACCAAGUCGUAUAUAUUCACCAAGAAUGAUCACGACAUGUUUUGACAUGAGAUGUUGGCCGAAGCUAACAAUAGCUCAUCUUUUUAUUUUACGAUUUGAUAUCGUUAGGCCAAAGCUGGCAUAAUUAGACAUAUAGUCGCAGACAUUUUAAAUAAGAGUUAAUUAUCAACAUUAGUUAUGUAUACGUCAUGUAACAUUAAAAUGACACACUAUUAAAGACGUGGUCAAAAACGCUAAGGAUGCGGAAGUGACUAGGAACUUGUUCACAUUUUAACCAAUCAGAUGCCCUAGCUAGCGCAUGCGCAGUUUACACAAUUCCCUUUCACACGCGAGAUGCUUAUAGCCUAGCUUACGUUAAAGGUUAGCUAUUUAGCACGUAACAAGUUUGUUUAAGCGAAUGUAGUCACAUAAAAUUAUGUCUAAUUUAUAAACGUUUAUUUGGAUUUUUAAUCUCGGAGUAAAUUGUUCGGGGUUUCAUUGAGAGGUAGCCAUGGCGAAUUUGUCCAGUUAUGCCGUGCGCAUGGCUCGCCUCAGCGCCCGCAUCUUUGGUGACGUGGUGCGGCCUACAGACUCCAAAUCCAUGAAGGUGGUGCAGCUGUUCAAAGAGCCUCCUAUGGCGCAGAAGAAAGAGGUGUAUGACUGGUACCCUCAGCACAAGAUCUACUAUUCCCUGACCCAGAAACUCCGAUACAUGGGCCUCUUCAGAGAUGAACACCAGGACUUUAAGGAGGAGAUGCGGCGUCUCAGGAAGCUACGCGGAAAAGGAAAGCCCAAAAAAGGAGAAGGAAAGAGAGCCAUGAAGAAAAAGUAGGCAAGAAGAUGCUGUAUUUAAGGGUGGCUUUUUCAGGAGUCGUGAAGAAUUCCUGCAUAUCUUGGAGGACAUUCAAGAGUUUGGGUGUAGUGACUGUCCCAUUCUGCUGCUACAGAGAAUGCAGAGAUGUGAAUCCUCAGCAGGAAGUGGAGAAAAUUCAAGUUGUCAGCUUGAGUGUUACUCAUUUUGUUGUGGAUUAAAAUAUUCACUUUCAUAGAA